GUGUGUGUGUGUGUGUGUGUGUGUGUGUGUGUUUGUGUGUAUUUUCUUUUUGUUCCUAGCUCCUCUGACGCUAUUGGCCAACCUUCAGUCAGGUGAUCAAAUUGAUUGAACUAAUAUCUUUCACAAUAUCUAAAUUUAUUUUUCAGGUAAAUGUUAUUAUUUUUUCGCAAAACACUUUAAUCACUGUCAUGGUUUCAUAUUUUGUAGUUUAGAGAAGGUUUGUUGAUUUAAAAGUCGGUUAUAAACGUUCACUUAAGAUAUAUUGCAUUUUGCAGAGCAACAAACAUGCAAUAUAUGGUGCUACAAUAAAGAGUAACAACAUGCGGUAAAUAGCAUUACAACAUACAUAUUCAGAAAUAAAUAUAUUCACAAUUCAUCGUUCAUGGAGAAUUUAAAUAUCAAGCCAGGGUUUAUCAUCUCAAACUUCAACGUUUUCCUUUUAUUUGUUUCACCAGUAAUCAGAUCCUGUUAGAUGCUGACUGCAUUCACUGAUUUAUGUUAGUGCAAUGGAUUAUAGAUACAUAGAUUGAAAAGAAAUUACGACAAGAUAUAGAACGAACAGAACCCUUCACCGAAAUCCUCUUUAUGUAGAUAUCUUGCCUGCUGGAAAGUUAUCUACAUAACUAGCUCAAUGAAAUCUGUUGAAAUGUUUCUUUUUUGCGUACCUCUCACUCCAGAUACGACCUGAUGCUACAGUGCUGGCAAGAGGAUCCAACACGGCGUCCAAGCUUCUCUGCACUUUCAGAGGCUCUGAAAUCCAUUCUGGAACCCGAGGUGACACAAAACUAUGAGAAUAUGAAUCAGCAUUACCAGAGGCUGAAUGAAGAGAGGUUCAAGGAGGAGACCGAUUACCUGGAUAUGUUCAUUCAUCCGGAUUACCUAAACCUCGUCCAACUGCACGAAAAACCUCCGGCGCAGGAUCAAGAGAACGAAACAGAAUCUCUGUGGCUUCAGGGUCGAGAAAUGCAAUCUUCACCCGUUGCAGAAGAUAUUAAAGAAGAUGAUUAUCUCUCGAUGAAGUCUUCCUAAUCUUUGGUUCUCCUUUCACCAAAGAUUAGAAGGGUCAACGGUCCUAAUAACUGCAUUUUGAGUCAUUUGAAUUUCUCAAAUUCAACGCAACAGUCUUUAUCCAAUAUCAGAGAUAAUAAAUAAAUAACUGAAGAAUUAAACCUGAAGUGAUCUUUUGUCAAUCACUGUUCGAUAUAUUUUUUAAUAUGUGUGGUAAAAGAAAUAAAUUAAAAUAGAAAAACGCGGCCUACAAUUCCCUUGUGAUGACACUGAAUAAUAUUACACGGUUUAUAAAAUACCUUGAGCGAUUUAUCAUGUUGCAUAAAAAAAACACUGACAAGUCUAUA